GUAUUUAGCAAUUAUUACUGUAUCAUAUCAUACCAUCCACAACCAAAAAGAAAAGAAAAACACCAUGGCAGCAAAAACAUCACAUCUUCAAUACGCGCCAUUGCCAUCACACCCCAUACCGCAAAACGUCAUCGUUUUACCGUACUUUCACCAGCCACCAAACCCUGCCUACAUCUUCCUCCGCCGCUGCCUCCUCUCCGCAAUCACAAUCCUCUUCCUCUCUGCCGCCGUAUACUUUCUCUACCCAUCAGACCCAUCUCUGCAGCUCGCCCGAAUCCAACUCAACCACAUCCAUGUCAACUCGUCUCCUAAAUUCACGCUAGACCUCUCAUUCUCUCUGCUGAUUAGGGUUAAAAAUAGAGAUUUCUUUUCACUGGACUAUGAUACUCUCGAUGUUUCAGUUGGGUAUAGAGGGAAAGAGCUUGGAGUUGUGAGUUCUAAAGGAGGGAACGUUAGGCCUAGAGGAUCAUCUUAUAUUAGUGCUGCGCUCGAUUUAAAUGGGCUUGAAAUUGUUCAUGAUGUUUUUUAUUUGAUUGAGGAUUUAGCUAGAGGCGUUAUUCCUUUUGAUACUGAUACUAUGGUUAAUGGUGAACUUGGGUUCUUUUUUUUCAAGAUUCCAAUCAAGGCAAAAGUAUCAUGUGAGGUGUAUGUGAAUACAGUUAAUCAGACAAUUGUUCGUGAAGAUUGUCACCCUCAGGUUAAAUUACCCAUUUUUUCACCAACCCAUUUGGUGAAAUAAUUCCCACAUGAUCAAUCAAUCAAUCAUCAUGUCAUAUGGAACUACAAAAAAUUACUCUGCUUUGUUUAUCUUGUAGCGAGAAGAUGACAUUAUGAAUGCAAUGCAAAUCAAAAUUGGACCCUACCAGAUGCCAUGGGUUAUUCUCCGCAAACCUUUAUGAGAACGCCAUUCUUUUGAAGAGAAACUUUACGAGAUGCCCGUCUUUAGAAAAUAUUUUGCUCCGAUUGCCAACUAGAGUAGUGGCAAUGUUCUUUUGGGAUGUAUGUAAAGGACAAGAGACUUUAGGUGAAAUUGUAACCAGAGAUUAAGGGCACAGACAGAAACGGGAUGAGAAACAAGGAAGAGCUACUCGUGUAAUAUGUAUACAAUCCAAUAAAUUGCAGAAAGAAGAUACAUGGCAUGGAGUAUACACACAGCAUGUUUCUUUCUAGUUUAUACACUCGAAAUUAGACGUUUGAUUAUAAUCAUUACUGUACUCGCUCACUUCUUUGUUAUUCUACGACCCCAUGCAUAAUCAACAUGAUGGUGCCUGCACCUGAAGGAUCCUGGGUGCCUCGUAGGUGAACAAACACACAU